GAAAACGUGAUCUGUUUGCGCAAGCUGCUGGAAUACCUGAUCCAGAAGGAUGGCUCGGUGGUGUGCAAAUGGUGUGGCGAGGUGCUGCCCUCGCGGACCCGCUGGUACCGGCACAAGUACAAGCUCCACGUGACGACGCAAGUCGCCCAGCCGGCGCCUCUCUUCAAGUGUCACAGUUGCAACGCAUACUUCAAGUCGCGGAAGGGCUACAUCGGCCACCUGAGCUCGCGGCACUCGCCCGACGACGCGGAGAACGACGAGAAUCGGGAGGACCCGCCACCCAAUAGCAAGAGCCCCGCCGGGAACAACGGCAGGCCCAGCGCCAGGAAACCCGCCGACAUCGGCAAGGGCCCGGACUGGGAGCAGCAGCGCGAGAAGGAGGAGAAGCUGGUGGCGGACAUAAUCGACCGGGUGAAGCGGGAGUGCGAGGCGCAGGGCGAGACGGUAACUAGGCGCGGAUACUCCAGGCGCUCCACCGUCAUGAACAGCUAAGGCCGGCCCCCCCAGGACGGCGCCCCGGCCGCGGAUCCACGUCGACGGACCAUCUUCAUCAGCCUCUGG